GCGCUGCACGGGGAUGACUGAAAGUGUUUCGGCGCGCUUGUUGUUUAGCCUCGAUGGGACUUGAGCCACUUCUCCGCUUUGUUUCAGUAACAUUUCACCCGACUCCGUUUUGUAUCACCUUUCUAUGCACUUUUUAGCGGUCGACGCCCUCAUAUGCUUCUCGUUUGCAUCAGUCUUUUGUUCUGAAAAUGGGUGUGAAAACGGAGCUAGUUCGGUUAGCAUUAGCUGUAUUAACGGUCGUGGUUCAGUAGCGCGAGUCAGAUUUGAAAACCGCCCGAUGAAGGAGAGCAGCGCUGCAGCAAGAGGGACGUUUUGAAAAGAAAGAAAGAUUUUUAAAGAAUACAGGAUUUACUAAAGGAUUGUGGAAUUUCCGUCAUGGAUUCUGCAUCAAAUCCCGCUCCACCAAGAGCUCCAAAAGGUUCCUCUCGUUCUCCCCAAAAACCCCAACAGAACUCUGCCAAAAGAGAAAACAGCAAACCCAACCACAAGCAGGCUCUCCAGGAGGCCAGGAGGAAGGGCAGAAUGGAUCGAGGCAAAGCAGAAGAGGAGAUGACCAACAAGCUCAAAAACCUGGAUUUGCGUUGCAAGCCCAAGGCAACUGGUACAGGCCUUGUUUACUCGGAUGCAUUCACUCGCUAUCGCUGCCUCUGGGAUGCCAGCCACCCAGAAUCACCAGAGAGAGUGGCUACUAUAGUAGAGUUGAUGGAGAAGGAGGGGCUUCUGUCUCGCUGUGUGCAGGUGGAGACCAGAACUGCAUCAGAGGAGGAACUUUCUCUUGUUCACACGAAAGAGUAUAUUGAUCGGAUGAAGUCAACACAGAAGAUGACAGAAGAGGAGCUGAAAUCUGUCUCCGAUGGCUAUGACUCAGUUUAUCUCCAUCCUGACUCUUUCACCUGUGCCUGUCUAGCUGUUGGCUCUGUCCUCCAGCUAGUUGACAAAGUGGUGACAUCAGAGCUUCGAAACGGCUUCUCUGUGUCCAGGCCCCCAGGACACCACGCCCAGACUGACCAGAUGAAUGGAUACUGCAUGUUUAAUAAUCUGGCAGUGGCAGCCCGCUAUGCCCAGAAACAGCAUGGUGUCCAGCGGGUUUUGAUUGUGGACUGGGAUGUGCACCAUGGUCAGGGAACCCAGUACAUAUUCCAGGAAGAUCCCAGUGUUUUGUAUUUCUCUGUGCAUCGUUAUGAAGACGGUUCUUACUGGCCCCACCUGCUGGAAUUGGACAGCAAUGCUGUGGGUACAGGACCAGGGCAAGGCUAUAAUGUCAGUGUUCCCUGGAACAAGACAGGGAUGCAGGAUGGAGACUAUGUUGCAGUGUUCCAGAGACUUCUCCUACCCAUAGCCUAUGAGUUUCGUCCUCAACUAGUUUUGGUGGCCGCAGGCUUUGAUUCUGUGGUUGGUGAUCCCAAGGGUGAGAUGUGUGCGAGUCCCCAGUGUUUCUCUGUACUGACUCACAUGCUGAUGGGGCUGGCUCAGGGUAGAGUAGUGCUUGCGCUGGAGGGCGGCUAUAACUUGCAGUUCACUGCAGAGGGUGCCUGUGCUAGUUUGAGGUCACUGCUAGGUGAACCCUGCUCUCACUUGACCUCUCCAGGUGCCCCAAGUGAGAGUGCUCUGAAGUCCAUCUCUAAGACUGUUGCUGCUCUGUAUCCAUUUUGGACCAGCCUGCAGAUACUGGAGGGAGGCCCUCUUUCUGAGGCAGAGCCCCUGCCCUCUGCUGUUUGUGUCGAGAUGAAACUGGAGACUUCCUUGCGCAGCACUGGUCUUGUGUAUGACCAGCGCAUGAUGGAGCACCAUAACAUGUGGGACAGCCAUCAUCCAGAGCUCCCUCAGAGAAUCUCACGGAUCUUUUCUCGUCAUGAGGAGUUGGGGCUUGUGGACCGUUGCCAGCGGAUUCCAGCCCGUUUAGCCACGGAGGAGGAGCUUGCUCUCUGUCAUGGCUUGGCACACAUAGACACUAUAAAGAGCACAGAGCAGAUGAAGCCCAGAGACCUGUACAGGCUGGGAGAUGAAUAUAAUUCCAUCUACAUUAGCAAUGAGAGCUACAGGAGUGCAUUGCUGGCAGCCGGAGCCUGUUUCAACUCAGCCCAGGCCAUCCUCACCGGCCAGGUGCGAAAUGGUGUGGCUGUUGUGCGUCCCCCUGGACACCAUGCAGAGAGAGAUACAGCAUGUGGUUUCUGCUUCUUCAACACAGCUGCCCUGACUGCUCGUUAUGCCCAGAGCAUUACCCACAGUUCCCUGCGAGUCCUCAUUCUGGACUGGGAUGUGCACCAUGGCAAUGGAACUCAGCAUAUCUUUGAAGAGGAUGACAGUGUCCUGUACAUCUCUCUUCAUCGCUAUGAGGAUGGUACAUUCUUCCCUUCCUCAGAGGAUGCUAAAUAUGAUAAGGUGGGACGAGGGAAGGGUGCAGGCUAUAAUGUCAACAUCCCCUGGAAUGGAGCAAAGAUGGGGGACCCAGAAUACCUGGCAGCGUUCCACAAUGUGGUGAUGCCUAUUGCACGUGAGUUUGCCCCAGAGCUUGUGCUGGUGUCAGCUGGGUUUGAUGCUGCACGGGGUGAUCCUUUGGGUGGGUACCAGGUGACCCCAGAAGGCUAUGCCCACCUUACUCACCAGCUGCUGAGUCUAGCUGCAGGACGAGUUUUGGUCAUCUUGGAGGGAGGUUAUAACCUCACCUCCAUCUCUGAGUCCAUGGCCAUGUGCACCAGUAUGCUCCUUGGAGAUGCGCCUCCAAUGCUCCCCCCUCUGCCUCCUCCACACUCCAGUGCUGCCGUCACCAUCAACAAUGUCCUGCGAGUGCACGCACCCUACUGGAGAUCGCUCCGAAUACAGAUUCCAGAGUCCCUGCGCUCGUCGUUGCCCUCUCCUCAACCCAAGAGCAAGCGAAUGUCAGCAGGGAAGGGCAAAAAAUCUCCACGUCAGGUCACUCCUGCACAAAGUCCCAGCCAGCAGCAGCAAGUUUCCUCAGUGACAACUUCACCAGCAUCUCCCCCUUCUGCCCAGGAGGACUCAGGCCUGGAUGAGAUCACCCAGGGCCUGCACUCGCUGGAUCUCAGUUCUUCUACCUCAGCCAAUUCCAGCCCAACUUCUAUCCCUGUUGGAGGGGCACGGCCCAAAGUGAAGCCCAGCCCACAGAGGGAUGUCAUAGCGACACAAGAAGUGUCGCCUGUGAAAGUGAUGGAGAGAGGCAGACAGGAACCUGGUGUAAAAGUUGAGUCCACUCCCAUCAAAGAGGAGAAACAGUCAGUUCCGGAGGCAGUGGACACAGAUGUUGUUGCCUUGGUUGACCAGGAGAGCUGUGUGCUAGAGGGAGCUUGUGGCUACACAAAGAAAUCUGUCUUUGAGCUUGUCUGUGGCGCUGUGGAUAUGGGCGGGGACACGAUGUACGUGGUGGACCCGCUGGCAUGGUGCCCACAUCUGGACUCGGUGCAGCCAGUGCCAGCAGAUGGCAUCGACGUGUUCCGGCCAUGCGAGGAGUGUGGAGCCGAUACAGAGAACUGGAUCUGUCUCUGCUGCUACAAGGUGUUGUGUGGGCGCUUUGUAAAUGAGCACAUGGUGACCCACGGCCAGGUGUCCGAUCACCCUAUGGUUCUUAGCUUUGCCGACCUGUCUGUCUGGUGCUACCCCUGUGAGUCCUACGUCCACAACAAGGUGCUGUAUGAAGCCAAGAAUGCAGCUCAUCUCGCCAAGUUUGGGGAGGAAAUUCCCCCCAUCAACUAAACCAGCAAAAAAGACAGGAAGAGAUUCACAUGAAGGCACUGAAAUGAUGUUCCCAACAUGUGUGUGCAUGCGUGUAUGUGCGUCACACGCAUGUGAGGAAGUGACACGUGGCAUAAUGUGAUGCAGAACCGCGUGUGAGAAACCGUUUUCACACUUGUCUUCCUUCCCAAACUCGCAAAACCAUCUUCUUCCUCCUCAGCAGGAGAUCCAAGCUCAUUUGUACUGUUAAUUCUGCCCUGCGUAUGUGCGUGAGAUCACACUUCUCUUAAUGACUCAUGCAUGCACUGCUUGACAUUCUUUGCCAAAACUGAGGUCAUUUGCCAAACAAGCUCUAUAGAGAAAGUAGGUUGUGUUUCAAAAGUUUGAGUUUCAGAUCACAAAUCCUUCUAUAUUAGUUUUAUUUAUUCCAUGUAAACUGCACAAAAUUCCUUUUCUAACUUUUCUAAUAAUUGUUAUAAAUGAAACUUGUGGUGAUCAGUAAUUUGAAAAAGAUAAAUAAGCUAGCAUGGUGCUAAGAACAGAGCAAACACCAGCCGAACAUUCAAGUAUUCUCAGUGCAUGCAGUUUUUCACACAAGAUAAAAGUAUGAUGUACGUUGCUGUUUGAAACUGAAGUGUAUUUUAGGGGUGGGCAAUAUGACGAAAAUAUAUUCAAGACAUUUGCACAAUAUCACGAUAUUUAGUUUUUCUGAGGUUUGAUAAGUUGGAGCAGACAAAAAAGAACCAGCGUGCCACAGCAACAAAAAAAACACAUAUAUAAUUAUACUAAUUUAUAAUCAGUAUAAAAUACUAUAAAUACUAUCAAAAUGUAUGAAUACAGUCAUUUUUAUUCAACGCUUCACAUACUUUGUUGCACUGAAUCCAGUUAAACAGGACUAAUCAUGUUUUCUUUGUAAUGAAACAUGCAGUUGGCCAAUGUCCUUUAAGUACUGACAGAAUCCACAGUAUACUCUCAAACGUAUAUUGUGAUUUAAAUUUUCAUUAAUGAUAUUGUCAUAUUGCCUGCCCCUUAGUGUAUUUGUACGUUCAUCAAAACCAUAGAAGUAAUAGGAGCAACAAUGAUCAACACUGACCACACAACCUGUCCAAAUCAAGCAAUAAAUAGUGCAAUAUUUCCUUAAACAAACGGUAGUUCAGACGGUUUAACUUUGUGGAUUUCUGUGUUCUUUUAUCUUUUUUAUAUCUUGCUUUUGUUCCUCCUUGAACAACCUCUGUGUCUGUGUUAGGGGCUCUUAUUUUGAAGCAAAACAACAAAAAAUAAUAAAUGUAACUUAUGUUUUUGUAAACUUUGGUACACAAUACACCAGUGCAUUUUAAAUA